UUCAGAGCAGCGGGCCAUGGCGCAGGCCGCCAGUCGCCGCAGGUCAGCCGCGUUAAGCUCCUUAUGCAACGGGCAGGGGAAGCCAAGGCCCCGGAGCGCAGACCGGGGCAGCCAGCGUGCCGUGGUAGGGCCAUCUGAAGGAGCGGGUGGAUGCUGCUGGCAGGAAGGGUGGGCACCCUAUGGGCAUUAGAGGGCUAGCACAGGUGUCACGGUGCUGUCAACGCCAGGCGGGGUUCAGAGCCACCUCCCUACCCUGAGGCCUGGGACCACGCAGCGGGCGGCUUCCCUCACCGCUCCCCAUGCCCCGCGCACCCCUCAGCUGGACCACGCUGGACCAGGCCGUGGGCCCGACAAAGGAUGAAAACCCCGGAAGAAAAAACUGUUUUUAGCCCAGCCCAUUCCCGAUGGACCUAGACGGCGCUGGCACAACCGCUGUCGCAGCCUGCGGGCGGGUGGGCAAGCAGGGCCCGCCGAACCGCUGCGCCCGCCGCCGCGCACAGGUGCCCCGUGGAGGGGAGACAGCUCUCCUCUCAGCACGGGAUUUACAGCCGGGGAGCGCAGCACAGCCCCAAGGGCCGGCGAGCCCCCUGCGGAAGCCACCAGCCGUACCAAAUGCUGCAAGACCCCGCCGCUACUUAUCCCUCCCGGGGCCGCGCAGGCGAACUGAGGGAAUCCCACCGCCCGGCCGGGCGGGGCGGCCGCAGCGGGGCGGGGCCGGCGGCAGGAGGCCGAGCUCGCCACUAUAAAGGCGGAGGCGGUGGCAAUUGCGGUGUUUGUCGUCUUCGCUCCAGGGCAGUGCUUGUUGUCCGCCGCAGCCCUCCCUGGCCGCUAAGAUGGCGCUCUCCGGAGACCCCCAAUUUAAGAAGCUGGUGGAGUGGCACAAGGUGAACUCCUCCAAGCUCGUCCUGCGGCAGCUGUUCGAGGCCGACAAGGACCGCUUCCAGAAGUUCAGCUUGACUCUGAAUACUGAUCAUGGGGAUGUCUUACUGGAUUAUUCAAAGAACCUUGUUACAGAAGAAGUGAUGAAAAUGCUGAUGGAACUGGCAAAGUCAAGGGGUGUGGAAAGUGCCAGAGAGCGCAUGUUCAGUGGAGAGAAGAUCAACUUCACGGAGAACCGAGCUGUGCUUCAUAUUGCUCUGAGAAAUCGUUCCAAUGUGCCAAUACUUGUAGAUGGGAAGGAUGUUGUUCCAGAAGUAAACAAAGUGUUGGACAAAAUGAAACACUUCUGCCAGCGAGUCCGUAGUGGCGAAUGGAAAGGCUACACUGGGAAGGCAAUCACUGAUGUUGUCAAUAUUGGGAUUGGUGGCUCUGACUUGGGCCCUCUAAUGGUAACUGAAGCUCUGAAACCAUAUUCCAAGGGAGGUCCUCGUGUUUGGUUUGUAUCCAACAUUGAUGGUACUCAUAUAGCCAAAACCUUGGCUGAGCUUAAACCAGACACUACGCUCUUCAUCAUUGCAUCAAAGACUUUCACCACCCAAGAAACUAUCACCAAUGCAGAAACGGCCAAAGAGUGGUUCUUACAUGCUGCUAAUGAUCCUUCAGCUGUGGCCAAGCAUUUUGUUGCCUUGUCUACCAAUGCUCCUAAGGUUAAAGACUUUGGAAUUGACCCAGAGAACAUGUUUGAGUUUUGGGAUUGGGUUGGUGGCCGCUAUUCUCUGUGGUCUGCCAUUGGUCUCUCCAUUGCCCUGCAUAUUGGGUUUGACAACUUUGAGAGCCUGCUUUCAGGAGCCCACUGGAUGGAUAAUCAUUUCCACACUGCCCCGCUGGAGAAGAACAUGCCUGUUCUGUUGGCCAUGCUGGGGAUCUGGUAUAUAAACUGCUAUGGAUGUGAAACCCAUGCUCUUCUGCCCUAUGACCAAUACAUGCACCGCUUUGCUGCCUACUUCCAGCAGGGUGAUAUGGAAUCUAAUGGCAAAUACAUUACCAAGAAAGGCUCUCGAGUGGACUACAAUACUGGCCCUAUUGUGUGGGGAGAGCCUGGCACCAAUGGGCAGCAUGCUUUUUACCAGCUCAUUCAUCAAGGGACUCGCAUGAUUCCUUGUGACUUCCUGAUCCCAGUCCAGACCCAGCAUCCAGUCAGAAAUGGCUUGCAUCACAAGAUCCUUUUGGCCAACUUCCUUGCUCAGACUGAGGCCUUGAUGAAAGGAAAGACUGCUGAUGAAGCUCGUAAGGAACUUCAAGCAGCAGGACUGAGUGGAGAUGCUCUGGAGAAGCUCCUUCCCCAUAAGGUCUUUGAGGGAAAUCGACCAACCAAUUCAAUCAUGUUUACAAAACUCAACCCGUUCACUCUGGGAGCCAUCAUUGCCAUGUAUGAGCACAAGAUAUUUGUUCAAGGAAUUGUCUGGGAUAUUAACAGUUAUGACCAGUGGGGAGUUGAGCUUGGAAAACAACUUGCCAAGAAAAUUGAACCUGAACUGGAGUCAGAUGCUCCAGUGACAUCUCAUGAUAGCUCAACAAAUGGGCUCAUCAAUUUCAUCAAAAAACACAGAGCCUGAAAUGAAAGAUUUGGAGGAGAUCGACAGUCUAGCCACCGAACACCCAAAUCUGUUGUAGUUGUGCUUUUUUAGCCACUUCUAACAAAAUAGCACUUUACAGAUGUAGUGUCACUUGUUGCAGUUAAUCUUGUUGCGUCAAGUAUUACAAAUGAAGACUAGUUUUGUGAAGUCCAGAGAUUGUAUAGUUGCUUCCUAUUUUUGUGGCUGUUAAUCUGUAAAGUGCGUCUGGUAUGUUCCUCAGUUCUUAUCCCUCACUUCCUUAAAGAUGAUCGCAUACUGAUAAUGGAAAAUAAAAGGCAUGAUGGAUGAGUAAAACUUCUUCACUCUGUUUUUAAAGUGCAGACCUAGUAACAUUUGCCUCACUGACUGUGUAAGGUCCUCUGAAGCUGAGUAACUUCUGUCUCUUUGGACUGGUUCUACUGUAAGCUGGAAACUAGAAUGUGUAACAGCUGUAGAUUGUUCAGAUUGCAUCAUUUGAUGUAUGUGAGCAAGAUACAGGUUGUUAUCCAAUGCUACUGUGAAAAGGAAGGCUUUCUAAUCUUUAUAAAAGAUCUGAUUUUUCCAUACGCUUUGGAAGCCCUGUGUGGACAGCUAUCCAAAAAGGAAGAAAGCUCCUGGAGUGCCAGUGAUACCCUGAUUUUCCAGUUUUCAAGAGUUUGAUGCAACAGCUUGAUCGCUUGCAGAAGAAACGAUUUUUCUGGUAUCCUCCAGAGGCAGUUUGUCUCACUCUUCUGAAGUCAGCAUCACUGUUCCAAAUCAACAAGAUAACUUUGUGAACAACGUGCUUAUACCCUCUUUUAUUCUCUACCACUGUUAACUCACCUUUGCUAGCAGACUGGCAUGCUGUGGCUAUUGUUCUGUAACACCUUUAAUAAAGGUAAGACAAAGCAUUGAAAGGAAAA